UCCUCUGAAAAGCUCCAAUUUUUCAAUCUCUGUACCUCUCUCUCUGAGAAUCUAUGGCGGUGGCUGCAGCUGCGAUGAUCGGGUUUCCACAGGCGUAUCUGGAAGGGAAGGAGGUGAAGGAGACGAGUUCGUUGGUCACUGAACUCUGUCGUCAUUUUUAUACUCAAGGUUGGGUAUCUGGAACAGGCGGUAGCAUAACGAUGAAGGUUCAUGAUGCUUCGAUUCCUAAACCGGAGCAACUUAUCGUCAUGUCUCCUUCAGGUUCUCUACAUCUCAAAGUCGCUUUCUUUAACUCUGAUUCUGAUUUUGUUGCCUCUUUGAACUUAUGUGUUCAAAAGGAAAGGAUGCAACCGGAGGAUAUGUACAUCUUAUCUGCAAAUGGAUCCAUCAUAUCUACACCCUCUCCAAAGCCAUACCCAAAUAAGCCUCCUAAGUGUACGGACUGUGCUCCUCUUUUCAUGAAGAACAGGCGGCUUUCUUUGGGGAAACGCUUGCGAAAACUCGGUUACAAGGCAUAUGAGAUGCGAAAUGCUGGAGCUGUUAUUCACAGUCAUGGCAUGGAAUCUUGUCUUGUGACGAUGCUGAAUCCGCAAGCCAAAGAAUUCCGUAUAACUCACAUGGAGAUGAUAAAAGGGAUUCAAGGUCACGGAUACUAUGACGAACUUGUUGUCCCAAUCAUAGAGAACACCGCAUAUGAGAAUGAACUAACAGAUUCACUCACCAAAGCUAUAGAAGCCUAUCCAAAAGCAACAGCAGUGUUGGUACGCAAUCACGGAGUUUACAUUUGGGGUGAUUCUUGGAUCCAUGCUAAGACACAGGCUGAAUGUUACCAUUACCUGUUCGAUGCUGCCAUUAAGCUUCAUCAACUGGGUCUGGAUGCUGCUACUCCAGACCACGGGCCUAUCCGAAGAACCAUACAUUCACAGAAUCAAAUUUCAACAAAACUAUCUGUGAAAUCCGGGGUCAAGGAUUCACAAAACGAAACAGAAUGGCCUCGGCGAUGUAUUGUCCUCGACAUUGAAGGAACAACUACGCCCAUUACUUUCGUCACAGAUGUUCUCUUUCCUUAUGCUCGUGAAAACGUUGGAAAGCACCUGAAUUUGACAUAUGACACAGCAGAAACCCAAGAGGAUAUUAAGUUGUUGCGGGCUCAAGUUGAGGAAGACUUGAGACAGGGUGUAACCGGCGCUGUUCCUAUUCCUCAUGCUGAUGAAGGAAAAGAAAAGGUCAUUGCCGCUAUGGUCUCAAACGUAGAGGCAAUGAUAAGAGCUGAUAGAAAGAUCACUGCUUUAAAGGAAUUGCAGGGUCACAUAUGGCGAACGGGUUUUGAGUGUAAUGAACUGAAAUCUGUUGUUUUCGAGGAUGUAGCAGAUGCUUUAGAGAAAUGGCAUUUUUCAGGAAUUAAGGUUUACAUAUAUUCUAGCGGUAGUCGAUUAGCGCAAAAGCUUCUCUUUGGGAACACAGACUAUGGAGAUCUGAGAAAGUAUUUAUCUGGCUUUUUCGACACUACAAUCGGAAACAAGAAAGAAAGUAAAAGUUACAAGGAGAUUACAGAAACAUUGGGAAUGGAUGAUCCUUCAGACAUUUUGUUUGUAACAGAUGUUUAUCAAGAAGCCACAGCUGCAAAAGCAGCAGGUCUGGAGGCGAUUAUAUCGAUUCGACCUGGAAACGCUCCAUUACCGGAGAAUCACGGGUUCAAGACUGUCACAUCAUUCUCCCAAAUCUAGAGUUUCCUCUAUGUAUCUUCUUUUAUCUUAUGGAGUUGCACUUGAUUUGAGCACAUUUACCAAAUAAAAACAAACUUGAUAAUAAAUCUAAAUGUAGAGC